AAUGGGCGAGCCAGGAGCGCGGGGUAAGAAAAGCUCAUAUGGGGAAUUCUGUUGAGUGUUGUCUGAGUGCUGCACAUCUGAACGGACUUAACCCGUCGGUCCACUAUAUAACAGCCCAUGCAGGAGGGGGAGAUGGUAGAAUAGUAGACAGUUCUAGUUGGAUCCGACUGAAAGCAGUUUUUUUUUUAAAAAGCACUUUGUCGAACAGGGCUGAUUGAAAGGUUUUUUAAACUCACCCCUCCCUCUUCAUACUCCCCCCCACCCCAGCCCCCUCUCUCUCCUCCUGUCCUGCUGCAGAAAUGAUGUUCCCCAGUGUCAUUGCCCCUUCAGCCAUGUAUCCGGGCCUCCUGCGACCGACCCCAACUCUGACUCUGCCCCAGUCUCUGCAAUCCGCCUUUUCCUCGCAUGCAGUCGGGGCCAGUUUCCUAGUGGAGGACUUGCUGAGGAUCAGUCGGCCAAGCGGUUACGUACCCCGCUCUGUGACUCACAGCCUCCCGGGGAACUCCGGCCCGGUGUCACCCGAACAGGUCAGCCUGGGCAGCUCGGGACCGGGCGGCAGCUGUUCCCCGCUCCCUGCCGUUUCUCCUAGAAACGAUUCGAGUCACCUCAAGUUCGGUGUUCACGCUAUCCUUUCUUCAACUCCAAGAACCGAAACGCCCCAUCCGCUGAUGCAGGGACUCUCCAGGCCGAAGACAUUGUCCUUCCCUUACUUUGAAGGCACUUUCCAGCCCUUCCUCCGCUCCUCAUACUUACCAGUUUCUUCCUCAGUGGUGCCUAUCCCUGGGACUUUCUCUUGGUCCUUGGCCACUCGGGGCAAACCCAGGAGAGGGAUGCUACGCCGGGCUGUUUUCUCGGACGUACAACGGAAAGCUUUGGAAAAGAUGUUUCAGAAACAGAAGUAUAUCAGUAAGCCCGACAGACGCAAACUGGCAGCCAAGUUGGGACUGAAAGACUCCCAGGUGAAGAUUUGGUUUCAGAAUAGAAGAAUGAAGUGGAGAAAUUCGAAAGAAAGGGAGCUGCUGUCUGCUGGGGGCUGCCGAGAACAAACCUUACCCACAAAGUUAAACCCUCACCCUGACCUCAGCGACGUGGGUAAGAAGUCACCCUGUGGGCACCUCUCCGGGGACGAGGAGGAGACCAGCUACAGGGACAGUCCCAAAUCUUCCAUAUGUCACUCGCCAGGGUACAAGGAUAACAUGGACACACACCUUCACCUGUUAUCACACCAACGCACUGACCCCCACACGUACUUCUCAGGAGAGGAGGACAAAGAGGAGGAAAUAACCGUCUCAUAAACCCCCGGCUCCUCCAGCUCACUUUGCUAAUGGACAUUUUCGAUAUUCACGGAGGAAGCGAGGGGAAUGCAAACGUUUCUCCGCCCGAGAUGUCGUGUCUGCGCAGCUUCAAUAACCUGUAUACAGUUUGCUUUUUGUACAAAUGACAAGUUGUGUGAAUAUUUUAUACCAAGAUUAUUGUGAAUGACUUAUACCUAUAGUUUGAGUAGACUUGAAUUGAAAAUUUGCCAACUUUUUUUAAUGACUUAACUUGCAAAUGUAGACUUGAGGUCAUAACUUAUAAAAGUUUUUAUUUUGUAUCAGCAGUGUAUAGAUGCAUAAUGUUUAUAUCACAAACCUUUUGUAUUAUGAGAUGUGACUAAAAAAGACAGCUUGUGUCUGGCAGAGCCCUUUUUAUUAUUUUGUUUCAAUGACUCAUCCCAAAGGCAGCCUGAUGAGUCCAUGUGAUCAGGAGAAACGAAACAGAGAAAAUAAACUUUCAAAGCAAAAGGAGGCGGCGUUUCUGUCCUUUUCAGCCUGUCUGCCUUUCAGUAAAUGCAUGGCUGAUCUGUGGCUGAACUCCAUAUACCUGACUUAGGCGCAUAUCCCUAAGUACCUUUGCUUGACAAAAAACAAUUCACCUUGAUUUAAAACUAACACUGAGCUCAGACAGUCAGGUAAAAUAAUUUGUUAUGUCAGUAAGGUUUCAUGAAUCCCAUGCACCUUUAGGAGAAAAUUAAGUUUGUUUUAUGUAUCCAAAAUAGCAAUAAAAGUAACAUUAUUUAACAAAACUUGCACCUUAGUACUUCACUCAAGCAUGUGCUAAAGAGGUUCUGAAGAAGAGUUAUGUUUGACUUAAAACUUAAAUCUGUUAGUGUUCACAGAUGCUGCCAGACUUUCUCCAGCACUUUCUGUGCUUGGUUCAGAUUUCUAAUAUGCGUAGUGUUCUGCUUUUAUUGGGAACAUUAAAUUGUGUGGUUAAGUUUAGUGAGAGCAGUAAGAUUAACACUUAGCAACAGAGCUGAUGGCAUAAACUAAGUCCCAGUCUCUGCAAUCUGCUGAGUGUGAUGUUCACUUUGCAGGUUGUAGUUACAUAAGAGAUCGGAGCAGGAGUAGGCCACCUUCUCUGUUAAGCCUGCUCCACCAUUCAAAAAGAGCAUGGCUGAUCUUUUCGUGGAAUCAGCUCCACUUGCCCACCU